AUCUCCACUAUUGUACUGGUCGGCGUAUAGAAUUGCAUUUUCAAGAGGCGUGAGAGCUCCUUGUUGCAUAGGAGACGGUAGCAUGGCAUGGUGUGGAGCGUUUGAGCGGUGUAUGAGCAUCUGCUGUAAAAUAUGCGUGGGUAAAUGCCGCAAUAUACAUAUGCUAACAUGGCAAAAGUCUGCCUACACCUUUCUGUGGUGCUUUAAUGUGCUAACAGAGUGCUGUAUCAUGAUUUCCUGGCCAUUUGCAAGUUGCUAAGAAAUUAAUUGGCCACUGGUUUAGAAAUUGCGAUGUCAUUAAAGGUGCUGAGCGUAGUCGCGUGAGGUGAAAUGCCUCGAAAACAUUAGCAGC